AUGCCCUCAACAACGGGGAACCAGAGAAAUGAAGCCGUCGAGAGUUUGAGCAACGACAUUGCCGUCUCUUUUGUACCGUCCGUUUUUUCCGAUGCGGUUCUUGUGGUGCAAGGCAAGAAGAUUCAUGUGAACAAAGUGGUGAGGCCCAAAAAAUGGAAAGUGGAGAAAAGUUUGAAUUUUCCAGAACCUCUCCCAUCAGUCUGCAAUUUUCGCUGCGCUUUUUGCCGUGAGACGUGACGAGUAUCGGUUGGAGCGUCCAGAUUUUCUCAAGCUCGCCCUCUUGUUGGGAACGGUAAACCAUCGUCCGAUUCCGACGGCCCACGCUCUGAUGAGCCCCGAAAAUGGCAAGCACAACUGCGAGAAGCUUCUCGAAGAGGCGGAAAUAGAAAAAAUGCCGUUCGCGAUUUCCUACAUCAAAAUGUUCGAUCAAAUGCGAGAGUCCGGACAGCGCGCUCGUCCGAAGCGCUACAAGUGUCAGAUGGUGUUCGAGGAGCUCGGAACGGAAAAGAUGAAGUUUCUCGAGAAGAAUCUCAGGGAAUACUUUCCGCGGAGGGAUCGUACGCCGCUAUCGGCGUUUCGUAAAAAUAAGAUUCUUCGCGCUUUGAGACGCAAUUUCGGAGCGUCGGAGCGCAAUAACACAAUUCUUCGCGUAGGGGAUCAGCAACUUCAUGUCAAUAAGGAGGUAGUAGGGGGCUCGGAAAUUGUCGCUAAAGUUGAGAUUUUCAGUUCAUGCGCUAUCACAGCGAGUUCUUGGCGACUCGCUUCGAAGCCGGCGGAAACGAGUUCGAUUUGACCGAUGCCGGUUUGAGCUACAUCGCGCUCGGCGAGCUUCUGAGUCUGCUCUAUCCGAAUCCGGCUUUUCUCAAUUGUACGUCCUGAAACCGUACAUUUCAAAGUCACAACACUUCGUCGUAAUCUUUCUCGUUUCAGUCAUGAACGCUCUGAUUCUUCUCCAGCACGCGAAAACGUUCAAAAUGCGUGUGGUUUGUCAGUUUCUCGAGGACUACCUGCGCUUCACCAAAGAGAUGAAGCCGUACGCGAAAUGGAUGCUCUACGAUUGGUGGGAGAUGCACGAGAUGCGCGGAGAAGCUGUGAAUAGCGUCACGACAAUUGCCGAGUUGAACCAAAUCAAGAUCGCGAUUUCAAUCAGCAACAAUCGUCUCGCCGACAUUUCGAUGCGGCUACGUUUGGAAGUUUAUGAUCGAGAAGAGCUUCUGGAGCAGGAAAUCCAGGCACAACAGCUUCUAUAG